AUGAAGCUGCUGCUUCUGCUAUCGUUGAUCGUUCUGGUCUCGGGAGACGAGGCUCUCGUUGCCGAGAGAGCAGCCGAGGGUAAUGACGUGUCUCCGCAAGCGAGCACCGUUCUUCAGGCUCAACCGAGCGCCCAGGAAGUCGUAGGGGAAAAGAAACUAGGAAAGAGAAGCUAUGGUUUGCUUCCUGUGGCUUACGUAGACACUUACACUCCCGUAUUGCCGUGGUAUCGAUUUGGCGGAUUAAGUAGCUACGGAUUGUAUGGCGGUUGGUAUCCGAGCUGGCCGUUGUUGUACAACGGUUGGCAUGGUGGUUGGUACAAAGGGUGGUAA